AUGCUGGAAACUACUUUGGCCAUCUUGUCCCAAGAUUUUCUAAAAUUUUACGAAGCGCAAAAGUAUUGCGAUUUAUUGAUUACCGUUGGUCAGGGUGAAAAUCGCAAAACAUUUAAAGCACAUUCUGUGGUGUUGAGCGCAAGAUCAGCUUAUUUCGAUGCAGCUUUAUCAAAGAAUUGGUCGCGUUCCAAAGACGGAUUGUUCACGUUCGAAAAACCUAAUUUGAGGCCAGUUAUAUUUGACAAGAUACUAAGGUAUAUCUAUGGAGGGGCAUUGAAUUUAUCCGACUACCAACCUGAUGUAAUCCUUGAGCUUCUUCAAGCUUUUGAUGAAUUCAACAUAACGGACUUAUUCAACGUCAUGCAAAUGGAUCUCCUCGAAAAUCACUAUGAUUGGCUAGUGUGUCAUUUUUCUACCGUUUUCGAAGUGUCUAACUCUCAAUCGUUUGGUCAUCUGCGAAAUUUCUGCACCGGAAUCCUUGAGAAUCAUCCUACGGACAUUUUUGAGGAAGAUUUUUGGAAUAAGGUUCAACCUUUUGAAGUGAUUUUUCCGCCAGAUCAUUAUAGAUCCAUCAUGUCGACUUUCUUCAAAAAACAUCGACCAAUUAAUUCACUUUCUUUUCCACGACGCGGACCGAUUAAAUCCAAAUUGAUUACUACUAAACACGCGUCCCUGAUCUCAAGUUGGAUUGAUUUCAGAGUUUCCGAAUGCGAUUAUGGAUUUGAGACCUAUCAAAGUUAUAAAGAAUCUCCAUAUACUUUCGAGCUAUUGUUAAGAGGCAGCGUAAAUGGAUUCACACCGAGGGAUUUCCAUGAACAUUGCGAUGACCGCGGACCAACGGUGGUAAUAAUUAAAGUAUGCGGAACACGCGAGAUACUUGGAGGAUAUAAUCCUAAUGGAUGGUCUUGUGGUUCCAACUCUGGUGGAUAUCGAUACGCAAAAAAUGCUUUUAUUUUUGGUUUCGACACAAAGGAUCCGGAAAAGGUGGUGUGGAGUAGGGUGAUACGUGAAAACUAUGCAAUAUUAAAUCAUGAUAACGCUGGUCCGUGGUUUGGGGAUCUAAGAAUUCAGGGGAAAAACUUCAGGGAAGAAUGUAAAUCCACUUGUAAAAAGGAAUACUAUGAGAAAUCUAUCAGGCAACUUCCUACCCCCUUCUCGGUCGAGGACUAUGAGGUCUUUCGAAUAGUUCAAAAGAGUCAUUCUUCUUCAUAG